GAGUCGGCGCGGUCAACUUUAGCGGGCUCCAUUCUCAUUUUUAUUAUUAAAAAAAAAGAAAAAGAAGAAGCUAUAAAUAAGCCAGCAGUUCACACUUUCUCUCCUCACCUUCUAAUUCCAGAAAACCCAAUUCUUGAGCUGCUCUUCAUCUACAGGCAAGUUUCAAAAUGGCUCUAACAGAUGGGUUGGAAAUCCCUAAACAAGUGCUGGAUGCAGAAAUCAAAUCCUUUUAUGACUCAGCUCCUCCUUUAAAGAACAGGGAUGACGUCAGUGAAAAACUUGAGGCAUUUGUUAAAAAGAAUUCGCAACCUUCUGGAAAUGGAGGAGCUAGGAGGGUGGUUUGUGUAACCUCUGGUGGUACCACGGUUCCUCUGGAGCAACGAUGUGUGCGCUACAUUGACAACUUCAGCUCAGGUCACAGAGGAGCAGCUUCCACAGAGUACUUUUUGAAGGCAGGCUAUGCUGUUAUCUUUCUGUAUCGGAGGGGAACCUGCCAACCAUAUUGCAGAUCUCUUCCCGAUGAUCCGUUACUUGAAUGUCUGGAAAUUUUGGACGAGUCAAACAUUCAAGUUCACCAGUCCCAUUCACAAGCAGUGAGGAGUGCUAUCACUAAGACUCAUGCUGCAGUAGCAGAUGGCCUCUUGCUGAAACUUCCCUUUACAACAAUAUUUGAGUAUCUCCAGAUGUUGCAGAUGGUUGCGUUUACAAUACGAAGUAUUGGACCACAUGCCAUGCUAUAUCUUGCAGCAGCAGUAUCUGACUUUUACGUCCCUUGGAAGAGCAUGGCAGAACACAAAAUUCAGUCAGGGUCGGGUCCAUUGGAUAUGCGACUUGUUCAGGUGCCAAAGAUGCUCUUAGUGCUGAGGAAAGAAUGGGCCCCCAUGGCCUUCUGCAUAUCAUUCAAGCUAGAAACAGAUUCAAAGAUCCUGUUAGAGAAAGCUGAUAUGGCUCUUAGGAAGUACAAGAUGCAUAUGGUUGUAGCCAAUGAGCUUUUGAGCCGAAAAGAAGAGGUUGUGGUUGUCACCAGCAAUGAAAAGAUUUCAGUUCGCCGAAACAAGUCUCUGGGUGUUGAUGAUGUGGAGAGCGCCCUUAUUGAGCUUCUUGUGGAGAGGCAUUCAGCCUAUGUUGAGAAUUCUGAUCUAUGAUCAAGAUUCAAGACUGAUUUCAUCUGAAGGUGUAACAAGAUAGUUCUCUUUCCGGCUAAGAUUACCUACUAAUUUGUGGACUAUGUCAUCGACCUUGGAGAAAUAUAGUUUUUAUCUCUGUACUUGCACAAAAUUUGCUGUUGACAGCAAUCAGAUUUUUGCAUACUAUAUCACACAUUGGAGGGGAGAUAGGGAAAAUAUUAUCUCUCUUGUAUGUCAUGGAACUGUAGAGUUUCAGUUAAUAAAGCUCAAGUCUUAUUGUCUC